AUGGAGCCUAUAUUUUACAUGCUGAUUUUUACCUUCGUGAUCUUUGGGAAUUCAGAGGGUUUUCAGAUUAUCCACGUUCGGAAACAACAAUGCCUUUAUGAAAAUAAGAGAGUAUCUGUGGCCUUGUGCAAUGUGACCAGUCAAAAUCAACAGUGGAUGUGGACAGAGGAUGAAAAACUUCUCCAUGUUAAAUCUUCCCAGUGUCUGGGCAUCUCCUCCUUAGCUUACCGUUCUCCAGCUGCCAUCUUCCUCAACUGUUCUCAGGCACCCACAUGGAACUGCCAUGAUAAAGAAGGAUUCCUGGAGGUCACAAAUUCCUCCUUCUUCCUCAAGAAGCAAGGCAACAGGGUAGUGGUCAAGAAGGACAGAAAAUACCUCGAUAGCUGGAUGAAAAUAGAUGUCAAUGAGAAAGGAGAAUCUACCAAUGAAAGUCUGUGCUUAAAGAAAGCUCCCCAGGGUGGAGAAGCUUUAGCAAGGAUCACUAGAAACACCACUCCUCCAAAGAUCACCAUCACCACAAAUGCUGUUACCUAUAACCCCAAGAAUCUGCUUCGAAAUGUCACAGAGGUCCUCACAAGGGAGGCCACAGAAAAUUACCAUAUAAGCAGCACUGGGGAUCCUCAUGUGCAGAUGACCGGGAUUACAGAGAAGCCUUGGACACAGACGACUACCCAGCAGUAUCCCAGCACCCCGGCAGAGGUAAGGCAAAGAAAAAAAAGUUUUUAGUAU